AUUAUACAAGUCAAGUAGAUGCUUAAAUAUAUUAUAAAUUCUGUACGCAAAAAGUAAGUCCAAGUAUUCAGCAAUUCAAACACUUGAAACUUGAGAUUGAUGGAACUUAUGCACUAUAUAAUAUAUAAUGUUAUAAUAAAUUUUCAUGCGAUCAGACGUCUAUAUUUUAUUUCGGUUAAGAUCUGUGUAUUUCGCGUAGCCAAGUUUAAAAGCGUCUUCUAUAAAUAUAUUCAUUACGUCUAGUACGUACCGGAUUUUUCGUGUCUUAUUUGAGAUUCAAUUACGAGUAGAUACAUUCAUUUUUAAUACUACCUAAUAGUUUACUGAAUUUAAAUAACAAAGGUGAACUAUGUUUUCAAGUCGAUACAAACAACCAAAUACUCUACAGCGAAUGUCUCUCAUUCGACUCGGGAAUUGGAUCGCUCAGCAUGCAGAACUACACAUGACUUCAGUAACUAUUCAAGCUCAACAUAAUCCUCAAGAGGCUCAAGCAACUUUAGCAAAUAAGGUCGAUCACAUUCGAAUGUACUUAGAUUUUCAUGUACCGUGGAUGUUACACGAUCAACUUGUUAAUGAAGCAAUAAAUUCCCUCGAUCAACUCUUAGAAAAAACUAAAAAUUCUAUGGGAUUUAGAGCAUCAAUGUCAACAUUUAUUGCUAAAAUGAAUGUUAUUGUUAAAAUGACGGAGACCCUAUUCACAAAAAACCUUACGUACGUCUCUAUCGACGUGAUACCGAAAAUGAUACGCACUAUAUUUUAUACAAAAUUAUACAUGCUAACAGGUUUAGUAUACCUAAAUUUAGGUUCAUUAUCAGGAGGAUGGAAAACAGCAGACAUGGAAGCAUCUAUGAUAAAAUCAAUAAAGGAAUUACACGCGCUAAAGUAUCUUUAUAUAAAUUAUGACUGCACUGACAAAAUAUUAAAAUGUAUUGUUGAGAGCUGCACAAAACUAGUGAAAUUAGAUGUCUCUUGUUCAAAAUGUAUAACAAAUGAAAGUAUAGAUAUAAUAUGUAAAUUGAAGAGGUUAAAAAGUAUACAGUUGUAUCAAACAUUCGUUACCUGGGAAGGUUUUGUAAAUCUACAAGAAGGAAGAUGUGACGAAGUUGGAAGAGUUUUAGAAUUUAUACAUAAAAAUUGCCCAGAAGCAUUACCAUUUAAUUUAAAAAUAUUUGUAAGUCGAUAUGCUAACAGUAAACAUCUACAACUGGCUGUUGAUACAUGCCCUAACAUAUUUAAUAUGACUGUAUUUCAUAACACUUUGCAAAGUGAUUUAUUAGUGCUUAUUGGAUUGAAAAACCUCUCUAAACUCAAGUUAUUAUCUUGCGAUUUUUAUGCAGAUCAAAUAAAGCAAGUGUUACAAGUAAAGGGUUGCAAUUUGUCUUAUUUACAUUUGGAACAUGUGGAUCAAAUAGACUUGAACGCCUUGAUGUACAUAAGUCAAAUGUGCCCACUAUUACAUACUUUAACAUUUUAUAACUGUUCACUUAUUCAACAUACAUCUUUGUAUACCAAAAAAUUAGACAUUUUACCAUUUAGGAAUUUAAGAAAACUUACUUGUGUAUCUGGAUUUUCUGAUGAGCAAUUGUUAUUUUUACUGAGUAAUUGUAUUAAUAUUGAGUUUAUUCAAAUAGGCACAGCUGUUCAGUUAACUGAUGAAUUUAUUAUGAUGUUAUUAGAAAAAAAUCCUUUAAUUUAUCUUAAAGAACUAAGAAUAAUGCAAUCAGAUUUUCUUACCAUUGCAUCAAUAGAACAAAUAAUUCAAAAUUGCAUAAGUUUGGAAAUUUUGGUAGAAUUAGAAAGCUGGUCCAUGUUGUCAGACAGUGACAGAGAUUAUAUAAAAAAUUAUAUAAAAGUCAAUAACUACAACAUUGAUACUGCACCCAUAAGAUAUAUAUAAUUCAAGCUACAAAACCAUUAACUAUUAAUAAAAACUGUGUAAGUGUACAUUUCAAUUUAGACUUAACAUUUUUUGUUUUUGCAAAAUAGUUUAGAAUUCAUGUGUAUUAAAAUGUUGUCUUCAAUAUGAA